AAGUCCGAUCAUCGGUUAUCCGCACGCUCCGUAACUGUUGCAGCUGCCCGGAAAGCUAGUUGGAGACAAGUGGUUAGCUGUAGCCAGGAGAAUAACAGUGGCUCGUUGAUUAGCUAAUGUACUUAGCCGCAGUAUUUACUACAUUAGCAGGCUCCCAUCUAGAGCUUCGGCAGCGAGUGGGACGAAAUUUACCAGAACUGGCGGAUUAGAGAUGGAAGGAGGAGAUGACUGCAGUUUUCCUCCAGAUUCGUCCGACGAUCACUCGCAAAGAGGAAGUGUUGCUUCCUCUGCAACGCUUUCCCGUGCUCAAGAUGUGCUUGUAUACUUGUUUGGUGACAGUGCAGUACACUUGACUGUAGAGGGGCUUGGCAGUGUCACCGUGCAGGAGUUGGGCCGCAGUGUUCGUGAGGCUCUCCAUAUUCCUGACUCUGUACAGGAUGCUUUUGCCUUCUGGCUUUGCUCUCCACUGCUUGAAUUGCAGCUAAAGGCGAGGCAUCAACCCUACAAAUUGUGUCGGCAGUGGCAGGAUUUGCUGUACCGAUUCACGGAGGCUUCAGAGGAAGACAUUUCACAAGAUGAACCAUAUCUCCAGUACAGACGCAACGUGUUUUAUCUGAAAUCUAAAGAGCUGCAGAUAGAAGAUGAAGGAGUGUUGAGACUUCUUUAUGAGGAAGCCAGGAGCAACAUCCUCACGGGUCGAUACCCCUGUGACCCUGAACACUGGACGGGUCUCGGAGCCUUGUCUCUUGCUCUCGAAGAGGGAACUGGUCUGGAAAGCCAGCAAUUUACUACUACUGUCAGAGAAAAGAAGCUGUCUUCUUUUCUGCCUGCACAUGUCGUCAUGGGGAGUGGAGGUCUGCUCUCCACACUGCGAGGGAAGUCGAGUCGUCAUGCAGGGCUGGAGCAGAACCUCUUGGAGGAGUACAGAAAGAUCAGCACAUCUGCUGGAAACUCUCCUGAGCCCACGCAGCUCCUGCACCAGUACCUCAACACAUGUCACUCUCUGCCUUAUUAUGGGUGCGCUUUCUUCGUUGGGGAGAUUGACAAACCAGCCCAAGGGAUCCUCCAAAGGGCAAAACGUAAAGCGGUCAACGUUGGGAUCUGCCUGGAGGGAGUUUAUGUGAUGGAUGUCAAAGAGAAGCAUGUGUUGCUUGGCCUGCGUUUCAGCGAGCUCUCCUGGGACCACAGCUACCCCGAGGAGGAGGGGGACUCACACAUUCUGUGGCUGGAGUUCGAUGGAGAGGAAGACGGCACUGCUGUCAACAAGUUGCUGAAGAUCUACUCAAAACAGGCAGAGCUGAUGAGCGGCUUCAUUGAGUUCUGUGUGGAGCUGAAAUCUGCAUCUGAGGGAGGAGCUGCAGCCGAGAUGGACGGCGAGGCGAGUCUGUCUCAGCAACCCGCCGGGCAAGAAGGCAGGAGCAAGAACGGCCGUGGAGGACGGCGUGGGAUGCUGCACAGGCAAGGCAGCGUUGUGUGCAGCCGGGUCCACUCACUUAACACCAUCAGCUACGUGGACAAUGGAAAAGAAAUCAAGCGCUUAAAGCCGAAAAGAGCUGCGUCCUUCUUCACCCGACAGGCGUCUGCGACCACCUACUCUGCUGUGCAAGUGGCAGAGAGCCUGGAGCAGGGUUAAACUCACUGAUCAGCCCUGCCUUGUUCACCUCAACGACCAAACCUGAACAUUUUACAAGGAGAUUUAAAGAAAAGACUUGAUACGAGCUCGAGACGUUUAACUGCUAAUAUAUGAAUAUGUAAAGGACCAAGCGAGAGGUAUCAAAGUGUGAGUGUCAAUAUUUUUCUCCUGAAGUUGUGUAUAUUAAGAGAGUACAGUAAUGUGAAACACAAAAUGACCUAUGCUUCCAUGGUUGAACUGAAGUGGCUAUUUAUUAGAUGGCCUUACAUAAAGAACAUAUGAUGGACCUCUUUCAUAAUUCUGAGACAAGCCUUAGAGAACUCCUCCAAUAGUGACUCCCACUCUAACUGUAUGAUAUUUCUGACUCUUCUGCAGCGCUCCAAAACAGUUCUACUGCUAUCCUUCAAAUAUGUUACACCUCAACCCAGUAUAACCACUGCGUCACCUCUUUUUAUUGGGGAUUGAACAAAAAAAAAACAUUGCAAAAUGUCUCCGUAUGACACUUUGCCACUCCUCCUCAAACUGCAAGAGUUACCACAAACUCCUUACAGUCAGCAUGACAAACACUUUCAGGGGACGAUCUAAGGGCGUGUUCACACUAUUCUGCUUUUUCAACCUGCCAGUGCCUUGUUCUCAUGAAAGGGUGAAGCCACUUUUGAAAAGUACUGGUAGAAACGUUUAGUGUUCCGUGUUACUAACCGUAAAAAUAUCCGUAUGGGAGCACGUUGGCUUUGUUGCGGAAGUGUCUUGUAAGUACAUGUAUUUAAGAGGUUGACAUAAUAUUUGCUGAAAUGUGUCGAUGGUUAUCAUGGAAAGAAAGCGCAGGUGACAUAUCCUACUUGUUGAAAAUAAUGUUUUUGUCUGCAAGAGCGGAAUAGCAUGAAUUUAGUCUGAAGAUUGAAAUGAACAAACUAACUAUUUCCAGCUUCUAGCUGUAGAUGUUCAUAAGGUCAGCUUCUUGAAAUGAUUGUUCCUUAUGAAAGAAUGAAAUUAGUCAAAAACUACACAAACUAUUAGGUCAUAAAAAGAAAUAAAAUUGUAUCUAAUAAUAAUAAUACUUUUAAUUUUAGCCACUAGUCUAACAUACCAGGCUGUUAUUUCUGCCUGUUAGCAUGUCAUAAUCGGUGUUAAAUAUUCAAACCAGCACCAUUAGCACCUGUGACGUCCAUGCACAGGUUUUGACUUGACUAUCAUUUGCUUGGCCGACUGAUCAAACUGAUGCAAUACUGGACUACUUUAACUACACUUAGACUAAACAAAUUCAGACUGUAGCUUAUAUGUGCAAGUUUAAGCUAGCUGUUUGAAAUGAUUGCUUUCCUCACUACACAGUUGCAUUUGACUUUAUUCAGCAGAACACAGGGAACACUGUGUAUAAUGUUGCUGAUGUGUUUUCAGUUUUGCAACAGUGCAUUUUCAAAAUAUACAUUCAGUUUUAAAAUGGUUUGUUUUGGACUAACCAUCUAAGUCGUAAUCGUACAAAGACGUGACAAUGUUUUUCCACCUGUAAAGCAACGUUUAUUGAAAAUGUACAUCUCACCAACUUUGGAGAUGCACAGUUUUUUCCUGCAGAGUAAGAAUGUGCUCUGUGCAAAGGGCACCGUCCAACUUUAGACUAGGGGUCUAUUGAUAAAUUUUUUUUUUUUUUUUGUGGCCAAUAAUGAUUAUCAAUAGUAGAAAAUCAAUAACCGAUAUUAGAAACUGUUCUUUGAAAUACCUUUGAAUAUGUUUUGCAUAUAUUUAAUUAAAAGAUAGCUUUUAUGCAAUUGUCCCUCAGUGUUGAUAGAUUAACACUUGUAAUGUGUAACCACUCAGUACUGUGGGUGCAUCAGAUCCAAAGUAGCUCAUUUUGAUGAACACAUUUAUUUUACUGGAAAUCUAUACUAAUAAUUAGAAAAAAGCGCUCAUAUGGGUUUAGUUAAGUGGCUUAGCUGAUAAUCAGUCGACCCCUAGUUUAAACCAUGCCGUGAAAUCUCAGUCUACACACCAAACCAAGCCUAUGUGACAUGCUGGAACCUCUCUAACAUGAUAGCUACCUUAACGCUCCAGAGACAGACCUGCCAUCUGGCAGACUUCUCCAGGUGUUUCUCUGAACUUCACCUUGAUGCUGAUACUUACAGUUUUUGCCUUUGCCGUACAUUUAAUGAACAAUCUCACCUCACUAAACUGCCGUGAAAGAAGGUCCACAUCUCUGUAUUACCGCCUUCCACUUGAACAUGUCCUCGUUUGAGAUGUGGUUGUGUAUUGUUCCUCAUUCUCCUCAGCAUGCAAGCCGCAGAAUGUUCUUACUUUUCUAUGCUUUGACUUGUAUGUCAGCUACUGUCUGUAACCUAAGCGCAGCAGUCCAGUAUAUUGUUGCUAACGUACACUAUGCAUGUCACUGUAGCAUAGGCAUUCCUACAGUCUCCACAUCAUGUGAUGCUGCACUAUUAAUACUAAUACACUGUUUAUAAACCUUUUACAUCAGCCGAUUGUUUUGUAUUCUUUGUUAGCUUUUAUGAGAGAAUAUUUUUACCUUCAUUUUCAUAUACUUGUCAGUGUUUGGAUACAAGAAUGAAGAAAUAUGUCUAAUUAAGCAUCAUCCUUUCAAGCAGUCACUUUGCAGAAGCUUUAAGUGCCUUUUGGUUUCUACUAAGUUGGCAUCUGAAUAACUGUUUUGGUGCUUGGAAACCAAGAACAGACGAUUUUGGUAUUGUUAUGGCUUAAAAAUGGAUUUUGUUUGUGAUGCAUUUGUCACGUUUUUAACUAUAUAUCGCAUUUCACUCUUCCUAGCUGAUGUGAGUAUCUUGAUAUACUGAGUGACUGGUGUUGAACAGUGUAUUGUGCUUCCUCUCAGUGGUCAGUUUUGCCUUUGUUUAAAUAUGUCAGAUGUUUUUUGUUUUUUUUUAAAUAAACAAAUGCAAAGUGAUGUUUAAUAUCUGCAGUGUUUACUCCAGCAUAACUAAUAUGUUAUCUUGCUUCGUUUAAGAAAAAUUACAUACACAAGACAUUUCCUUAAAUAUUUUUGCCACAUGGUUUGAUCAGACACUGACAAUUGUAGAUUUAUUUGACAGUUUUCCUUGAAUAUAAUCCUUCGGCCCAUUGUGCUGAGAAAGUGUAUAUGUUGCUAGUGUGUGUGUGUGCAGGGAUGUAAGAGUUGUAUUAACUUUUAAUGCAUAUUUUGGGAGUUGCUUUGUGAUUAGUACUGUGGAAAUUGUUUUAAAUACACAUAGAACCUAUUUUAGUUACUAUACUCACAAAAUUUUACAAUACCUGAGCAAAAUCACAGAAUGUUAUUCCACUUUAACAUUUUUUUUGUUCAUGCUGCAGUAUAGGCUUUUGACACAUCUGGAAUCUUUGGCCAAUAAAAUGAUUUUUUUCUUAAACAUUAA